GCCACUUCGAAGCGGCCCACCGCGUGCGUCCCCCAAGCUCUCGCGACCCCGACGCAGCGAUCACCGUGGCCAAUGGCGGCGGCGCCACCACUGGGAGGAGGGAGCGCCCCGGCGACCCCCUAACGCCCUAAACUCGAUCGUGAGUUCGAGUUCUCCGAGCAGUACUUCGAUUUGAUCGGCCGGGCGCGGAGCUGUGCGACUGUAUCCAUCCGUAAACUCUCAUGGCCGCCUCUGUCGCCUCGUCGGCGUUCUUCCCGGUGCCGGCUUCGGCGCCCAAGAACGCACCGGGCAGGUCCAAGGACAACCUGGACAUGGGUGGGGUCGCCGCAAACGUGGGCGCGGUGAGGUCCUCCUCAGCAAGGGCGCGCGCGCACGCCGCCGUCCCCAAGGUGAACAGCGGCGGGAAGGCUGCGGUGACUGACGGUGAGGACGAUGCGUCCCGCUCCUCGGCUCCGGCUCCGGCUCCGAGGACGUUCUACAACCAGCUGCCGGACUGGAGCGUGCUGCUUGCGGCCAUCACGACCAUCUUCCUGGCAGCCGAGCGGCAGUGGACGCUGGUGGACUGGAAGCCCAAGCGGCCCGACAUGCUCAUCGACACGUUCGGCUUCAACGGGCAGGUGUUCCGGCAGGACUUCUCCAUCCGAUCCUAUGAGAUUGGGGCCGACAGGACGGCAUCCAUAGAGACGCUGAUGAAUCAUUUGCAGGAGACGGCCCUUAAUCAUGUCAAGAGUGCCGGGCUGCUUGGUGAUGGCUUUGGUUCGACACCAGAGAUGAGCAAACGGAACUUGUUCUGGGUUGUCAGUCAGAUGCAGGUCUUGGUGGAGAAGUAUCCAUGCUGGGGAGAUACAGUUGGUAUAGAUACAUGGGUCAGUGGUCAUGGUAAAAACGGAAUGCGUCGAGAUUGGCAUUUACAUGAUCGCAGCACAGGGCAGACUAUAUUGAGGGCUACAAGUAAAUGGGUUAUGAUGCAUAAGCAUACUAGAAAACUCGCAAGGAUUCCUGAUGAAGUGAGGACUGAAAUAGCACCAUAUUUUUUUGAGCUCACCGCUAUUGCUGAUGAAGACAGCCGCAAACUUCCAAAAUUGCCAGGGAAUGGUGAAGCUAGGGCUAGAAAAUACGUCCGAAGGGGUUUGACUCCUCGAUGGUCCGAUCUUGAUCUAAACCAGCAUGUCAACAAUGUUAGAUACAUUGGGUGGAUUCUUGAGAGCGCUCCAAUCUCCAUAUUUGAGAAUCAUGAACUGGCUAGCAUUGUCCUAGACUACAAGAGGGAGUGCAGUAAGGACAGUGUGCUGCAGUCACACACCACAGUGUUCACUGACUGCACUGAUGGGUUAGGAGAAACAACCUUUCAGUGUGAGCAUCUUCUGUGCCUUGAGUCAGGGCAUACCAUUGUGAAGGCUCGGACUAUGUGGAGGCCAAAGAGAACCCAUGCCAUGGGAAUAUUGGCUCCAGUCUCAGCUGGCAAAUUUUAGCGUCACGGACUAGAUUGCUAGGGAACUAGUGCUUUGUGUUUGGAACAAGACUGGACAGCAAGUCUUCCUGUUAUGGUGCAGCUUACAAGACCUAGGUUAAGGCGGGAAGAAAAGAAGGUGAAACAACGAAAGCAGAUUUCUGUAGCGCAUGUGUGCUGCUUUCGUUUCCCAUACCAUCUUCUUUUAGAAAACUUUGGGUUGAUUUAACUUUGGUUGCUAGGUGCAAUUCUUCGAUUUCACAAAGAUUACCUGGUGUACAUAUAUAUAGUACUGUUCUAGCAGAUUAGCUGACUGUGGCACCUCCUAAUACUCAUUGGCUUCAAGGCUGUGUCUAUACUGUAAGCAAGUUUGGGGCGAUCGUGUCUAGGAGAAACAUAUUCCUGGAUCUUGCUGCUUUGUCUUUGUUCAUAUAUACAUAAGCUGAGGUGUUCCAAGUUUCCUUU